GCUGUUUUAACUAUUAACCCCUACACCCCUUUCGGCGCCCCUGAACAUUUGUGAGGGGCUCAAACUGUUUAAAGUUGAAAGACGAGUCCGCUUUCUAUUUUGGAUAAUGGCUUUUAGGAGAGUGAAAGAAGAAGACCUUGAAGUCGUUGAAGACAUCAGAUGUGAUGAAAGCCUAGCUGUUCGUCCUGGAAAACCUAAAGCAGAAUGUCAGAAGCACAGACUCAAAAUACCCCAAAAAAUUAAAAUGAAAAACUUCUUGAAAGAUAAAUUCAAGAGAAAAUCAAAAUUUGAAGCUCCUCUCACCCCUACAGCUCUGUUAGAAGUUGACUUUGAUACCAGUGAAGGCAUAGGAGAUUCUUCUGAUGAUCCUGAAGAAGAAUGUCAGAAACACAAAAUCAAAAUAUCAGACAAAAUGAAAAAUGUAUUCUUAAUGAGAUGGAAGAGGAAUACAAAAUCCUGUGAAACUCCAUCAGUGGGCUUGGAUUUCAUAGGGAACCUCAAUGAGAAGCAUCUGGAAGCUGAUGACCGUCUCUUUGGUUCAAAUGAAGUGGUCAAGGCAGAAGAUGAGUCCCAUGAGAUUUUGCGACUGAAGAUGGCCAUCCAUGACUCUUUCAAUGAGGACAAUCAGGAGACCCUCAAGAGUGCUUUGGCUUCAAUAUUUCAAGAGGAGACACAGGACAGAUGCUGGAAUGAAGUAGUUGUGGAUGAACAUCCAAUAUGGAGUCCUGUGAAGUGCAGACAGAUCAAGACACUACUCAAGAUUGUCGUUGAAGAACGAAUGAAGACUGCAGAAAAACGGGAGAAUAAAGCAGACCAGCUUUCUACCUCCCUGAAGAGAGAGGUGUGUCGAAUGGGCAAACAAGUCCAAAAAGAUCUGCUCAGAGUGGUCCGAAAUCUGAGAGAAUGUUACCCACCAGACUUUGACAUCUGCAGAACAUAUGCUCAGCUCUACCAUCAAACCUUCUCCACCAGACUCCAGGAGCUCGCCAGAGCCAGUGUCGAUUUUGAGGACUGCCUCUAUAUAUUGAGUUGGAUUGUGGAUUACUACCCAAAAAAUAUAUUGAAGCACAAAGAACUAGAGGAGCACAUCAACAAUUCAUCACUUGGACCUUUGUUACCUGAAGAAGAUCUUACGAGAUUGGAGGAACAAUACUUCUCAUACAAAGAGAAUGAAGUCAGAAAGUGGUUAUUCACCGCUCUUGAGAAAGAAGUGAAAAAAUGGAGUGAUGGCAUCGAACCAGAGAUCGUGGAUGGAUACUACUCCAGUAACCUUGCUGCAGAUGUUUUACCACUUGUUGAUAUAACUGUAAGUGACGUCAAAGCACUUUUAGGCUCUGAAAGUAAAGCCUGGUGUCUUCUAACUCAGCUAGAAAGCUUUCUAACAAGUAGCUAUAAAACAAGUCUGGAGAAACUUGUCAAAAGAAAACCCAAAAACAUUACUAAAAUUCUCAGUGCUAAUCUGGUUGACAUUCACCACUUUAGGGAUUAUGUACAAAGACCAGAACAUAAUUUCUCAGAAGACACUAGAACCGCCUGCCUGUCCACAUUAGCAGACCUCAAAAACAUCUGUCACAAAUACUUCCUCAGUCGAAUUCACACAGAACUGAAGCCGCUGUACCGUAAGCUGUGGACUCAAGUCUGGUUUGCUGGACAUUGUGAAGUUGUGGAGGAUCUGAUGAAGGCGCUUGAGGAAAACAUGGAUCAAUUCAAAGAGCUAAAGCCUGUCUGCCGAGAGGAACUGCUGGCCGAGCUGCAUAUAGAAGUAAUGGUAGAGUAUGUGAGACGAAUGAUGAAGAGAAAACUGAAACUGAAGGACAAAGAACAGCAAGAAGCAGCUGCUGAGUUCAUUCGCCACGACAACAGUAAAAUCUGCUCUGUGUUUGCCAAAGUGGGAUCCAACAAGGAAUGGCUCUGUCAAAUACUGCCCAAAUUAUCAGAGAUUCUGAGACUGCAGGAUCUUGGGAGUUUGCAACUUGACAUUGCGACUCUGGCAAGAGACUAUCCUGACAUUAGUGAGCAGCAAAUUCUUGCUGUCCUGAACCUGAAGAACAACCUUUCAAGCUCAGAUCUGUGCAGCAUCGAAGCGUGUUUGAGUGAAAACAGAAGCAGGCCGGACACUGAGUCUUCCCCUGCCUUCUUCUCUAAAGUACUCAUCAAACAGGACACUCUCUGUUACAACAGUUGCAACUGAGAACUCAUUGAUAUUAUUCUUUUAAAGUUUUUCUAUAAUGAUUUUACAUGUCUCUUAAAACCAAGGUCAAGAACAUAGGCAUAGUCCAUCUCAAGUGGUCCAAUGGAGGUUGUCUGACCAUUUUUAUAUACUUUAUAUACUUUUUACAUAUUUUUGCAUAUUUUACUAUUAACAGCAUUUAACUGAAAACUUUCCCCCCCUAAAUAUAAGCAUUAUUCUUACAAUCUAUAAACGCAUAUACAAGUAUGUUUAAAUACAAGAAAAUAUCUAGACAUACAAGGGUUGGACAAUGAAACUGAAAUGAAACUGAUUUGAGGAGACAGGCAGUUACUCUAGGAGAGCUGGACAGGGACGUAGAAGGUCCUUAACCCAUCAGCAGGACCGGUAUCUGCUCCUUUGUGCAAGGAGGAACAGGAUGAGCACUGCCAAAGCCCUACAAAUAGGGACAUUUGUAGGGCUCUGGGACAUUAUGUUUCGGUCCAUCCGACACCACCAGGUUGCACCUCAGACUGUCCAGGAGCUCAGUGAUGCCCUGGUCCAGAUCUGGAAGAAAAUACCCCAGGACACCAUCCAUCGUCAUCAUUCCCCAAUGUUGUCAGGCAUGCAUACAAGCACGUAGGGGUCAUACAAACUACUGAGUACCACUUUGAGUUGCUGCAAUGAAAUUUCAGCAAAAUGGACUAGCCUGUUGCAUCAUUUUUUCACUUUUAUUUUCGGGGUGUCUUUGAAUUCAGUCCACUGUAGGGGUAUAUAUAUCCAGCAUGAUAUUUUUCCCAAUUGAGAUCUGAUGUGUUUUCAAAGUGUUUCUUUAAUUUUUUUGAUCAGUGUAUUUUACAGUGACCAGAGGGAUUUUGAGUAAUUUCCUUUCCAGAAGAGUGUCCAGGUCACUAGGGCCCUGUUUACACCGGGUAUUAAGAUGCAUUUUGGUCGAUCUGAUCACAAGUAGACAAGGAAGACCCAUACCCGUUUACAUCUGGUGUUUUAAUCUGUCACUUUUGUACAGUUCCCACCACUUCUAUACUGAUUUCUUCAAGGGGAGGGUCUAUUGGCGAGUUAAUGUAUUGAUUUUUUCAGAUCUUUCAAUCUAAUGAACAAAAUAAGCUUGCACAAUUUACAUAUGAACUUGACCGGAGACAACAGAACAGCACAGAGAGUAUCAGCUUUCGUUUCUGCUCUGACAGCCACAAGACCAGACGAUUGCUGUGAGUGUGUGUUAGAAAUCAGGAAUGGUGAAGAACAUUGUGCUUGGUAAAUUUUUCAUCUUCAAACCAAACUUGGGUUUUCAGCCAACAAAGUUUAAAUCCUGUCUGGCUAGCGAGUUUCCCAUAAUGUUUACGCAUUAGGCCAAUAGGUGGAGAGCAGGCGGUCUUUUGUGGCUGUUUGAACACAUUCGAUCACAUGAUGGUUUACACUAUAAAAGAGCAAUCCGGUCGAAUGAGUUUUCAACUACCUCUGGAAGUGGUAGAAAGUGGACAAGCUCAAAACAUUUUACACCCCAUUUACACCUGUAUUUAGCAUUGCCUACUUGUGAUCUCAUCGACCAAAAUGCAUCUGAAUACCAGGUAUAAACGGGGCCUAUGUGAUGCUGGUGAAAGAAAAUAUUUUCUGACUUGCUCCUCCAAAGUGGCUCAAAAAUAUUCAGAUCUGGUGACUGUUCAUGAUAUAGAAGAUGUCCAACUUCACUUUAAUGAGCUGUGGUGCAUGGCUAAGAUAUCUCUGGAUUACAGUCAGGACACUUUCCAAAGAGGAAAUUUCCAAAGGGGAAAUUUUAACUGCGUUGCAUAGUUAAGCUAUCUCCGGAAGGGGGAUUGGGACUGUGUGGCGCAGUUUGAGGUGUCUUGGCAAAAGGGGAGAUUGAAACUUUGUGUAUCAGUUUGAAGUGCCUUAACAGGUAGAGCUAGACAGCAGUCAUGACGUGUAUGGAAGAUCCAUUUAGAUCCGCUCUGAUGGAUAGAUCUGUUUAGAUCCGCUCUGACAGACAACAAAAAACUCCAUGAAACUUCCUAGCUCUUCCAUCCAGAUAGCAGAAUUCUCUGUUUUUGCUGUUAUUUCUAUUUCUUAUGCAUUCCAUUAUUAUGUAUUUGAUUCUUCUUUACGUAAAGCACUUUGAAUUACCAUUGUGUAUGAAAUGUGCUAUACAAAUAAAAUUGCCUUGCCUAAUGUUCAUCAGACCAUUCUGUCACCAGUCUAGCUGUGUGUAUUGGUGCGUUAUCAUGCAUACACGACACCCUCUUCAGGGUACAAUGUUUGAAGCAUCAGGUGCACAUGGUCCUCCAGAAUGGUUCGGCAGUCCUUGGCAUUGAUGCACAGUAGGGAAUGCCAUGAUUUUGCAGCAUAAACCAUCAUUGAUCUACCACCGUGCUUCACUGGGUGUUAACCCUUUUUGGGUCUUCUCCACACUGUAACUCCCACAGAUUUGAGAAAGACAGUGAAGGUGGACUCAUCAGAGAACAAUACAUGUUUCACAUUGUUCACAGUCCAAGAUUUGCACUGUUAGCACCAAUGAAACUCAUAUUUGGCAUUGGCAUGAGAAUCAAAGGUUUGGCUAUAGCAGCACGACCAUAAAUAUUGACUCUGUGGAGCUCCUGAUGAACAGUUUAGAUGGAAACAGGAGGUUGAAGUGUGAAUUUAAUUCUGCAGUGAGUUGGGUAGCUGUGGUUUUAUGUUUUUUGGAUACAAUCCAGGUUACAUCCCUUUCAGACAAAUUCCUCUUGCGUCAACAGUUAAGCCGAGUUCAGACUGCACAAUUUUAGCCCCAAUUUUGUCUCACCGACAGGUUUUGAGAAAUAGCCGACAAAUGCCCGAAAUCACAGGCAAAUCGGUGCUCAUUCACGCGAGUGACAAUCACGCAGUGUGAAUGAGCAAAGACGCGAUCUGAGAGAAUCGCA